CCACCCGCAUCAAUGUUUUUCUGAGCGCGGAUGCGCAGAACUUUCAACGGAAUUGGCUUCAGAGACGCAACCAGGUGGGACAAGCAGAAGGAAAAAGCGAGCAAAUUGUUCCCUUUAUUGAAGGAUAUGUAGCAGCAACAUGCCUUGUAAAAUUCCUUGACUUUUAGGUGCUGAAACCUCUGAUGCGAACAAGCUGUCAGGCUUUUUUCAGGCAAGAGAUAUAAGUUCCAGUAUCUGUGGCAAUGGAAGAUCACCAAGGAAAUUUGUCACCUUCAUCCUCUUCCUCCUCCUCUUCAUCUUCUUCCUCCUCACCCAACCGACAGCCUAUGUCAAUUGAUGAGGAGCUCUGGCAGAUGGCUGAAGAAAGGGCCCAGGAGAUACUGUAUAUAAUUCAGCCAAAUAUAGUUUCCGAGAUGAACAGAAAGGAAGUUGCUGAGUAUGUUCAGAGUCUGAUUAGAGGUUGCUACGGUGCAGAGGUCUUCCCAUUUGGCUCAGUCCCACUAAAAACCUAUCUUCCUGAUGGGGAUAUUGACUUGACUACUCUCUGUCAAGAGAACGAAGAGGAGGAUUUAGCUAAAGCUGUAUGCAAUAUACUUGAAAGUUUAGAGGACUCUGAAUACCAAGUAAAAGACAUACAAUAUAUACGUGCACAGGUCCAAGUCGUGAAAUGCACUGUGAAAAAUAUAGCUGUUGACAUCUCAUUUAAUCAGAUUGCAGGGCUUAGCACUCUCUGUUUUCUGGAGCAGGUUGAUGAACUUGUUGGGAGAAACCAUCUUUUCAAACGUGGCAUUAUUUUGAUCAAAGCCUGGUGCUAUUAUGAGAGCCGAAUUCUUGGAGCACACCAUGGCCUGAUGUCAACAUAUGCAGUUGAAACAUUAGUCUUGUAUAUUAUGAAUCUUUUUCAUUUAUCUGUUCGUGGUCCUUUAGAGGUCCUGUAUAAAUUCUUGGACUACUAUAGCUCAUUUGAUUGGGACAGCUAUUGUCUGAGUAUAAAUGGUCCAGUAACCAUAUCUUCGCUUCCAGAAAUUGUUGAGACACCAGAUUGUGAUUGGGAUGACCUGCUGCUCAGUAAGGAGUUUCUGCAAAAUUGCAGAGAUAUAUUCUCUGUUCCAGCAAGGGCGUGUGAAACUGCAGCUCCGGAAUUUCCGAUUAAGCAUUUGAACAUUAUAGAUCCUCUAAGAAGCAACAACAAUCUGGGGCGUAGCGUCAGCAGAGGAAAUUUCCAUCGAAUAAGGUUUGCUCUUUCCUUUGGUGCUCGAAAGCUUAGGGAAAUCCUUACACUUCCUGGAGAAAGCUUGGGUGCAGCUCUUGAGAAGUUUUUCAUGAACACUCUAGAUAGAAAUGGGAAAGGACAAAGACCAGAUGUUCCUGUUCCUGUUCCUGCAUUUGGAACUGGGAGAUCUGAAGAGUCCGUCCUCGGUGGAGAUUAUCGCAGUUACUAUGGUUGCCUACAAUAUAGUCAAUUAUAUCACAAUUAUAGCAUUCCAUUUGCUGCCCAUCAAAUUUUACCAUCAUCACCUUCUCAAGUUGAUGUUGCCCAUCAAAUUUUUCCAUCUUCACCCUCUCAAGUUGAUGUCCAUGCAUUGUCAAGCCAGCCGAGUUGGAGUCUGAUUUACCAAUUGGGUAACGAUUUAUACGUACCCAUGCAGACAUUCUACCAUCCAAAUGCUUCACAACAAUUUGAAGCAACUUUCGGUGUUGAAGAGAAGGGGAAGUCUCGAGGAACAGGCACAUACAUACCUGACAUGCUGCAUACAUAUAAUUCCUACUACAAGGAUAAGCAUAUGAAAGUGUUCAGGCAUAGAGGAUCUGCUUCAGUGGAUGCUAAUAUGCUGCCAAAAUCGCAUCAGAAGGAGGAACUAUUGCAGAUUCAGUCCGAGACAGAAAUGGAUCGCGAUUCAAGGCCCUUCAAAGUCAAAACUGAAGAAUUCCCUCUUCUUUCGGGCUUUCAAAUGACCAGCUCCCCAUCUGAAGCCCAAGGCUCUGUUCAGUUAAAUCCUGACUGCGAGCAGCCCAGAAGUUCCUCUUCCUCACUGAAUAUUGAAUUCGGAAAAUACAGGUCUGCCAAACCACUGACAAAACGACCUUUGCCUGCAAAACAAGAUAAGCCAGAAUCUUCAGUUUCCAAAACUCUGGGCUCUUUGCUUGGUGUCCCAAAGAUGGACAUGAAGAAAGAGAAUUCCUGAGGAUAUGAGUUGACAAUCUCUAACCUGCAACUACAGUCAUUUUGUAAGAUUCUAGGAUAACACCAAACAAUAGCGAGUCCUAAUGCGUUGCUUGUAAUUCCGUAUACUGUCUUCCAAACCAAACCUUGUUAGAAUUGGAAGAUGCUAGUGUUAGGUACUGAGAGUGUAUUAGUCACAUACAUGUCAGCUGAGGAACCAUCCUCUUGGAUUGUUGAGAUAGCCAAUAUAUGCACAUCUCCUCUCCGGUGGGAGAAGACAGGACUAUUUCACUCGGGACCGUUUCGCAUUUCUUUUCUUCUCAGAGUCCAAAGAAAUUUGUACAUGAUUUCAACAUAUAUAAUAGCCAAUCACCUAGAGUAUAUUGGGUUCCAUGAUUC